AUGCUGUGGCCGCGGUUGGCGGCGGCCGAGUGGACGGCGCUGGCCUGGGAGCUGCUGGGCGCCUCGGUGCUGCUGAUCGCGGUGCGCUGGCUGGUGCGGCGGCUGGAGAAGCGGGGACUGGGCCGGAGCAGGUUUCCCGCCCCGCCGCCCCGCGCCCCCCCAGCCCCGGCCCCAGCUCCAGAUCCAGGUGAAAUGACAAUGGAUGCCAUCUUGGCUCGAUUGAAACUCCUGAAUUCAGAUGACCUUCGAGAAGAAAUUGUCAAAGCUGGACUGAAAUGUGGACCCAUAACAUCGACCACAAGGUUCAUUUUUGAAAAAAAAUUGGCUCAGGCUUUAUUAGAACAAGGAAGAGCCUUGACUUCCUCUCCUCCUAACCAAGAUGUGGCAGGCAUUACAGCUCUCAGCCAGGAAACACAAAGGAUUUUAAAAUUUGCUGUAGGGAAUGCAACUGAGCAGGCCAGUUUUUCUGAAGACAAAGAUUUUGGCUAUAGCGUGGGCUUGAAUCCUCCCGAGGAAGACGCGGUAACGCCCAAGACCUGCUCAGCGUCUUUCAGUGCCCCGGUGGAGGUUGACACCCACAGAGCUGCUGUGGCCGCCUCUAAAGAGCCUCUUCUGUUCUAUGGAGUGUGCCCAGUGUAUGAGGACAUCCCAGCGAAAAAUGAAAGGAUUCAUGUUUAUGAGGAUAAAAAGGAAGCCUUGCAGGCUGUCAAAAUGAUCAAGGGAUCUCGAUUUAAAGCUUUUUCAAGCAGAGAAGAUGCUGAAAAAUUUGCUAGAGGAAUUUGUGAUUAUUUCCCUUCUCCAAGCAAAACCUCAUUACCACUUUCUCCUGUGAAAGUAGCACCAGCCUUUAGCAAUGGUGGCUUAAAAGAUGGUUUAUACUUAUCAGAGUCGGAAACAGUCAACAAAGAGCGAGCAAACAGUUACAAAAAUCCUCGUACACAGGACCUCACAGCCAAACUGCGAAAAGCUGUGGAGAAGGGAGAAGCAGACACCUUUUCCGACCUUGUCUGGAGUAACCCCCGGUAUCUAAUCGGUUCAGGGGACAAUCCCACCAUCGUACAGGAAGGAUGUCGGUACAAUGUCAUGCACGUUGCUGCCAAGGAGAACCAGGCUUCUCUCUGCCAGCUGACCUUGGAGACCCUGGAGAACCCCGAGUUCAUGCGGCUCAUGUACCCGGAUGACGAUGAGAGCAUGCUACGGAAGCGCAUCUGCUAUAUCCUCGACCUGUAUCUGAACACGCCCGACAAGAUGGGCUAUGACACACCCUUGCAUUUCGCUUGCAAGUUUGGGAAUGCAGAUGUGGUCAACGUCCUUUCUUCCCACCCUUUGAUUGUAAAAAAUUCAAGGAAUAAAUAUGGCAAGACGCCUGAAGAUGUAAUUUGUGAAAGAAGUAAAAGCAAAUCUCUGGAACUGAAGGAGCGAAUCAGAGAAUAUUUACAGGGUCACUACUACGUGCCGCUCCUGCGAGCAGAGGACACAUCUUCUCCAGUGAUCGGGGAGCUGUGGUCCUCAGACCAGACAGCUGAGGCGCCGCACGCCGGCCGCUUCGGGGGCAGCCCCCGCGACCCUGUUCUGACCCUGAGAGCCUUCGCAGGGCCUUUGAGUCCAUCCAAGGCAGAAGAGUUCCGCAAACUCUGGAAAACUCCACCUCGGGAGAAAGCAGGUUUCUUCCACAAUGUCAGGAAAUCUGAUCCGGAGAGAGGGGUUGAAAGAGUGGGAAGGGAAUUAGCGCAUGAGCUGGGGUACCCGUGGGGUGAAUACUGGGACUUCCUAGGCUGUUUUGUUGAUCUGUCUUCCCAGGAGGGCCUGCAGAAACUGGAAGAAUAUCUCAUUCAGCAAGAAAUGGGCAAAAAGACCCAACAAGAACCAGGAGAAAAUAAAGCCUGUCUCCAAGACAAAGCCUCUGGUGGUGGUAAAAAGUGCAGCAACUCCAUUUCCGUGAGGGCAUUUCUAGAUGAAGACGAGGACAUGAGCUUGGAAGAAAUUAAGAAUUGGCAAAACGCAGCUCGGAGUGCCAGCCAGCCCCCUGCCGGGGCCUUCGGAGACACAGGGUGCGACAUUCUCCCUGUGGGGCAGGACACGUACCUCACAGACAGCUUGGAUGCGAGUGGCACAUGUGAUGGCAGAAACGGGUUCUGCAGUCCUCUGAGUCAGGCCAGGCCCCGAAGGGGGAAGAGGCCAAUGCCCCACUGUAGGGAGGGCUCCCUUCUGUCACCGGUCUCCAACUUAACUGUUGAGUUUGACAAACUAAAUCUGCAGACUCUGGGAAGUAGCUUUUGUAAGACAUCAAAUAACAUAGAAACUAAAGAUAAGAUAAUUGUGACUUCAAGAAUGAACUCAGUGGGAAGUGAUUUGUUAGAACCUGCUUCUGCUGCAGAAAAAACUGAGAGUAACCAAGUAAGGACAGAAAAUCAAAUAUCAGCCGAAACUGCUGAAGUGUCGCUGGAUCCCGACAGUCCCGGGCACGAGGCUCCACGCAGCUGCGACCCUGAGCUCCAGUCUGCACCGGCCUGCCCUGCUUCCUCAGAGCUGACCACAAGGCUCUUCCUGCUUGGAGGAGAGCCAUCGAAACUGGACCGGGACGUGCUGGCUGCCCUAGAGCAUGCAGACAUUGAUCCUCAUCAGUACCCGGCUGUCCUCAGGUGGAAGGGCGCCGUGCUGGCCUACUCACCGUCAGACAGACAGAGUUGGCCGAGCCCUGCGUUGAAAGGAAAGUUCAAGUCUCAGUGGCCGGCUCUUGGUUCUGCCCACAGCUGCAGCUCAGGAAUAUGUGGACCUGCUACCGGCAGCCCUGGGAAGCCCAGCGUCUCCCCGCACUUGCCCGGCAUGGGCAGCCCCGGGCGGUAUAGCCCCGUGCACGGGAGCCACCUCCGCAGAAUGGCUCGCCUGGCCGAGCUGGCGGCCCUGUAAGAUCAAGCACCUUCAUGUUAGAAA